AUGCCUCCUCUUCUUGAUAAAAGUAUCAAACAUUGUAAUAAAUUGGUGCUUCAGAAGAGUCUGGACUUGCAGUUGAGUGGUUCUCAGAACCGAGUGAAGAAAUCGACCCCAGCUUGGACCAGACCGCAGUCAGCUGAUAACUGCACAGCAAUCACCCGUAGAAACAAACUUGCCGCCAGAUUCAAUCUUCUACACACUGAAGAAGAUCAAGAUCUCUUCAGAAAUUUGGGAGCAACUUAUACAGUAUCAUCGUCGAAUCUGCUACAGAGCCUGAUGGGCAGCUCUUCCAUAGACGUGCCUCUCGAUUCAGACAUCUCUCUCACUCCGAGUCCCAGACUCACUAAGGCCAAAGAAGAUAUCGAAGACUUUUCCAAGGAUAGAAGUGACGGUUAUGUGAAUUCGCAAGAAAGUAAUGACGACAGCAAAAAGAGAGACAAAUUAAAGGAUGAAAAAUGUUUGAAAUCAGAGAAAGGAAGCAAUUCAAGCUUGGUACCUGGCUUAGAACCAGGACUAGUGUCUAAACCACCGCUACCUCCCACUGCAGAACAAAAAACUAUGAAGUAUAACUCAUGUUCGUGGAGUUCAUUGACUGAAGCCGAAGGCACCACCAGUAGUUCUGCAGAGAAAGCAAUGAACGAUGAUGACAUCAUUAAUUUGAAAUUUCAGCGAUGGUUUCCAGAUUCAGUUUUGAAUACUAGCAGCUAUUCAUCAAUAGAUGAGGAUCGUAUUAGUAAAGUGAACAUAGAUAUGAAGCAUCUGUUCACAAAUACCAUCGAUGAGAAUAAAUCAGUCCACAUGGAAGCGACAGACUCGGAAUCGUUAGCUGGUUCUAGAAAUAGUCUUUCCGAAGGUGAAUUGUCAGAAGAUUCGGGUGUCAAACCGAAAACGAAAAAGAAUCAGAAAGGGGAGAAAGGGAAGAAAUAUGUCUCCUCUUCUUCAUCGUUCAAUCAAGGGAAAGAAACUGUUAAAGUUAAUAAAAGUUCGUCUGUGAGAGAAAAGAGAGUCAUCUCGAAGUCGUACGUUCGCAACAGUAAGGAGAAACCAAAGUUGAGUCAAUCGCUAAGUGAUAAAGAUUUGAGCAGAAAACAUGUUGAUGCUUCUAAAACCGGAUCAAUGAAAACUAAUAAAACUGCACAGAAAAAGCCAAAUAUUAACGAUAAAACCUCAUCAAAUAUUCGUCAAUUAUCUGAUGUUUCAAAUAUUCCUGAUAACUAUGUUGAAAUUAGUAAUAGAAAAUCAGCAAACACUGAAGAAUAUAAUUAUGAAAAAGGAUUACAAGCCAGUACAGAAAAUUUUCCUCCUUUUUCAUUUGCUGAUUACGAUCUGAUAAGACCCAUUUCCCAUACUAGGCCUUCUACAUCGACAACAAAUUUUUCAAACAAUGGUAAUCUUCUCUACAACUCUUCAACACCUGUAAACUGUGUUAUUGGAACUAACGGCAAUUUCAGUGAUAAUUCUUCAAAAGAUAAAUAUUAUUUUCACUCUGUACAAGGUGCGGGUACUAAACAUGACGAAAGAGUAAAAUAUUCAGAUAUUGAGUCAAAUGUUAAUAAUGAGAAAAAACUGGUUCCUAGCAUAAGUGUUACUGAUCUUAGUGCAGAGGUUGGUUCGAAAUCUAAAGAUGUUCCUGACCGCUUAACGGUUGAUGACACUGAGAAGAACUAUCUUGUUGUUCCUAGAGAUGCAGCAAUCGGUGAAAUUGAGAUCAGUUCUAAUCUCAUAAAUAACCACAGCUACUUGAAUCAAUCACAGUCACAUUUCAAUCGCGAUAAUAUGAAUUCUCCGUUGCAGGAUAACUUCUUCCCUCAGGCUGAAUUCGCCAACGGCCCUGUCACUAGUAGUAGUCGUUCCAUUGUUGCCAACUUCCACCGAGAAGAGGACGGUAUGAGAAAGUUUUUUCAAACUCGUGUAGCAGUCAGCGAAUGCUUGGUUGAAACGGUGCAGGGUGAAGCGCGUAAGGGAGUUGGUAAAAUCAUACACAACAACUCUGUUUUGAAUACAUCUUCUUAUGAACAUUACAAUAGCGGAAAUGUAUCUGAUCUGAGAAAAAAUGGAGAGGACUUCAAUGCAACACAUACUGAUCGUAAUGAAAAACCUCAGACCUCCUGUGAACGAUUUCGAGUGCCAGAGCAGUCGAACAAUGGUGCAAACAAUACUGCUUCUUUUGAUAAUUAUCCCUUUCCACCAUCUGGUCAAAAUUCCAACUCCUUUUUAGGUUUAAUGAACCAAAAUACUCUACCUGAAAAUCAAGUCUACCGACCGCGGGAUUUUGAUGUUUAUAAACAGAAAGACCAAAAUGCAUUUGGAAAGUUGCAUGACAUCAAUGAAGUACCGGAAAGAGAUAAUGAUUUUAUAGGAACAUACGAUGAUAUUGUUGAUAUUCUCAAAGUUCUAGAGCAGGAAGAAGAAAGACAAACUACUGUCAAUAAUUCAAACAACUCAGGAUCUGUUACAAAUAUUAGUCAGAAUACAGGAGUUUUGGAAGGCUCUACUGAAACUAGUCAAGCUAUUCUAAGCUAUCUUGAUGAGGUCAAUCGUAAUUCUGAGAUAACAUUACAAAGAAAUCCACAACCGAAAUUAACAAACGAUAAACCGGUGUUUCAGAUGGAUAAUAGAGGUGAUAGUAGACGUGGAAGGCUGGGAGAACUUCUCUCGAUUCCUAGUCCUGAGCUUGCUCAAUGCGUCAUGAAUUUGAGUUUGGAGUUGGAGGAAAAUGUUGAAGCGAAAAAAGCAACUGAGGAACAGCUGGUGUCAGUCAAGGCCUCUUUUGAGAAAUACAAAUCGGAGACAAAAGCUGCCUUGGAAAGACACCAGAAGUUUAUUGAUCAGUUAAUCAAUGAGAAGAAGCAAUUGAGUGAUAAAUGUGCAACGGUUAUGAAAGAUAUGGAAUGUAAACAAGCACAAGCCAUCAAGGUGCUGGAGGAUCGACAUGCGGUUGAGUUGAAAAAAGCGUGUGAAAAGCAGGCGGCCACUGAGAAGAUCAAGCGGGAGAGGUGGAUCGAUUUGAAGACGAAAAAGAUCAAGGAGUUGACUGUGAAAGGAUUGGAGCCUGAACUUAACCGGAUGGCGAACGUCCAUCAGGAAGAGCUGUCCGAAUUAAGGCGAGCUCACCAGCAUCAGAUGGAUGAAGCCGAGAAAGCAGCCGCUAGACGAUUGGCAUCUGCCCGGAUGCAGAUGGAAGCCGACAAAGAGGCAGCUCUGAUGCAGGAGCGAGACAUGAUGAGGCGUCGCCUCGAGCAUGAGACCACUGAAAUGGAGAAGAGCUACCAAGACCAACGCAAGAGAAUGAUCAAUGAACUCCGUGCUGAGCGAGAACAGAUGCAGCGGGAGAACGCCAACAUUAUUCUCGAGAAAGAGAGAGAACUGCUACAGAAACUAGAGAAAAUAACACAGGAAAGUCAUGAGAAAUACGAGCAACAGGAGAAACGUUUCCAGGAGGAGGUGGAGAGGGUGAGAAACGUUAUGGAAGCCGAGAAAGAAGCCUGGCUGACCAGACAGAAAACGCUCAACUGCGAAAAAGAGAAACAGAUUCGCGAGGAAUUGAAACGGGAACGAGAUAGACAUAUAGAAGUGGCUAUAAGGAAAUUAGAGUCCGAAGCCUCGGGAAGGGAAGAAGCGGCCGAGAACAAACUGAAGCGUGAAAAGGAACGGUUCGAGUGUGAACUGAAAGACAUGGAGAAAGCUCACAACGAUGUUAGGGACAAGUUGAAACAGGCUAGGACGGAUUUGAGUUUGGCUGAACAGCAAAGCUCUCGGCUCGCGUCGGAUUUGCAACAGGCCAUGGGCGAGAUUGAAUCGCUGAAAUUGAUUACUGAGAAAUUGGCGAGGGAGAAACAUGAACUGCAGCUGUUGGGGGAGGAGGAGACUAGAAAACGGGUUGCAGGAUUGGAAAGGGAGCUCGCUCAAGCCAGACUGGCUCUCCGAGAACAAAUUAACACUGUGCAGAAUGAGAAGGAGCGAGAAUUACAGCAAGUUUAUGCAAGAGUGAGAGAGGCAAUUACGAAAAAAGAUGACACCAUAAGUUUGAUGGCGAAAGAGAGAGAUACAGCCCUUGAGCAAUGCGCCCACCUUGAAAAGUUGAUGGAACAGCAGCGUAAAGAAAUCAUCAAACGGAAAGCAAAAUAAGUGAAAACUGAAAAUUGUUUCAAAUAUUUUGCAAAGCUCAUCACUGCCAGCUUUGAACGUAGUUGAAAACUAGAAGCAAUUCUUGUUUAGCCGACAUUCAUUCUAGAUCAUUGACUAAUCGUUUUUAUAGAUUAUUCAACAACAUUUUUGUCAAACUUUGUCUAGUCAUUUUAGUAUAACUGUAGUGACUUUCAUGAUUUUAUAAGCAAUCGUUUUUCUAGUCGUCUCUUGUAGUUGUUAGUCAAAUUACUGUACGAAUGUCAAGUUGUUAUUGUUUGCCUUUGAUGAUUGCCAUUCAAUACAUUCAAGGUUGAUUACUAGA